ACCCCCCAGCGACCCCCUGGCCCCUGCCGGCCACCCGCACUCCACUCCACCGCCACAAUCGUCACGGACCGCUUAGCUCCGCGCUUUUUCGGCCCCCCGGUAUUUCUUCUUACACAACCCCGCGGUUUGUCGCGAUUUUUCUGAGCAUCUCUCAGCCUCAUGAUGAAGCAAUCAGAAAAAUACCUAACGAGGGUAUUUAAUCGGAAAAUGAAGCGGUAUCGUGCGUGAGUGCAGAUAAAUGUUCCAGCAUCAAAUUUUGUGCAUCGGACUGCGAGUUUAUCGCUGAAUCGAGAGAUUUUCCGCGGUAGUGAAACCGGUUUUAGUGCGAAGGAUUUCACAGACUGUUUUGCUGUUCACCCCUCGAGUGCUUCGAAAUAGCGUGUACCAUGAUUGCAACGAUGAGUCCUAGAGCUGUUCCAAAAGUCCACGGAAUUUUAAUGGUCCGUCGAUGAGACUUUGUUCGGAAAGCUACUCAAAAGUCUGCAAUUUAAGGAUGUGGUGACGGAGUUUGGGCCAGUGAUAUUGGUUUCCGUUGUCACCUGUCGACAAUUUUUUAGAAAUGACCUUUCUCUGGUUGUGAGCUAAGUGCGUGCGGUUUUUGCAAACGCCCGUUUCUAAGAUAGUUAGAUCAUUUUUCAUUUUGCUUUUGUGUUCCCUUUGCCCUUUGCGACGGAAUGAGCUGAAAGCUCAAUUGAAAGCUUUUAUACCCGCUACCAAAAGAAAUCUAGUCAUUUGUUUCGUUGUUUUUUUUACGCUUGUUUAUGUUUUGAUCACGCGAAAGUAUUGAUCAUUGAAUAUCAAAACCGGUGUGUUUUGAAACGGAGAUCCAAUCUUGAUAGUGCUUGUCGCAAAAGUUAGAAAAGAAGAAUUGGAAUCUCAUGCGAGUGUUUUAUCUCAAAGAUAAAUGUUAAAAGAUCGUCUCUAAAAGAUCGAUUCAGUGCACCAGACUAGUAAUUACGGAUCGUAAAAUCGUAACCGGGUUCGAUGCAAAGCAUAACGGAAUAGCGACCAAAGUGUUGAUCUAAUCGGAGCCUGGAAUUAAAGUCGAAAAAAUGACCCAGCUUUUCAAGAAUUUCAAAAAGCUGAAGAGAAUCGCGUUAUUUCUGAAUGGUAGGAUUAGAACAUUAGAAAAUGAGGUUAUAAACCGAACGGAGUAAAAUCUCUGCAGAAAAAUGUAAAGGAUGAAUAAAAAGUGUGUUCUUUCGUCUUUCAUUUCGUGCUGGAGAAAGUGUAACUCAUCAUAAUUGCAACCCUGGAUCCCACGAAUUUCGGGCUCUUCUCUUUGAGGCCCGCGAUGGACCUUUCGACCGCUUAUCGCUACAAUCAGAACAUGAUGGAAUACUACACUUGUCAUGGUGGAGUGAAUCAACUGGGAGGGGUGUUCGUCAAUGGACGCCCUCUUCCCGAUGUAGUUAGGCAAAGGAUAGUCGAAUUAGCCCACAAUGGAGUUAGACCUUGUGACAUCUCAAGGCAACUCCGGGUAUCCCAUGGUUGUGUAUCAAAAAUUUUAUCUAGGUAUUAUGAAACAGGAAGCUUUAAAGCGGGUGUGAUAGGCGGGAGUAAGCCGAAAGUAGCAACAGCGCCGGUCGUUGAUGCAAUAGCCAAUUAUAAACGAGAGAAUCCGACCAUGUUUGCCUGGGAGAUUCGUGAUAGGUUGCUAGCUGAAGGCAUCUGCUCUCAGGAUAAUGUACCAAGUGUUUCAUCAAUAAAUAGGAUUGUUAGAAAUAAAGCGGCCGAGAAGGCAAAACACGUCCACCACCAGCAACAGUCUCAGCAACAAAGUAGCAAUAACAACAACAAUAACAACAGUAGUAACCAAAAUAAUAACAACAACAAUAACUCGAGCAGUACGAACAACAACACGAGUAGUAGUAAUAACAACAACAACAACACGAGCUCAAAUAACAACACUAGUAGUAAUAACAAUGGAAGUGCGACGAACGCGGGGAGCGGGGUAAGUGUGAUAGCCCACGCCCCGGCGAGUCAGCACGACCGAUACUCCAUCAACGGAAUCCUAGGGAUCCCUCAGCACGACCCUGCCACCAGCGUCUCCGUCAGCAAGAGGAAAAGGGAUCUGGACCAUCAUCACCACCACCACCAUCAUCAUUCCGAUGAAAAUCGAGAUAUCAACGGACUACCUGAAGAAGACAUAAAGAGACAAAGACUCCAUGCUCAAUAUAAUGGUGAUCCUCUUUAUUCAAAUCUAUGGUCAGGAAAAUGGUGUAUCAAGGAGGAGCAUAAAUUAUUUUCCGAGCUGAGUGGAGGCGGAGGCGGCGGUGGAGGGGGCAGCGGGGGUGGACCCCAAAAUGGAGGCUCGCCCUACUACGACACGCAGACAGCUUUCUCGGCCACCACUUCGUCGUCGGAACUUUACGAAUCAAUGACUCAGCAAGCUCACUCUAGUAAUCCAGUCUACACUCCACCCAUACCCUCGUCCCUCAUGAGUGGAGUGACACCAUUGGCCCCGAUUAGCAUGCAAGAAAUUCAUAAACUAAGCGCAGCCAGUCCAUCGGCCCUCGAUAAUGCUCAACUCUCGCCCGUUCCCUAUCACACAGAAAGCGGCGCUGGCGGCUCUUACAACGGGGACGGCGGUGGGGGGCCCUCCCCCGGGCUACCGCUCACCCUCACGGCGGACCCUGCGCCCAGUGGAUCUCCGGACAACCUGACCGUCCUCCAACCGGCCAACAACACUACCCCCUCUUCCACCCCGGUCGCCUACCACCCCGCACCCCCCACCAUGCUCCCCGGCUUCGCUACUCACUACACUCCAGGUGGUGGGAGCGAGUAUGGAACCUACAGCACAGCCUAUACUCAGUAUUCAACACCAGCUUAUCCCGGAUAUACGUACACUGGACCUGGUGGGUUACUCAAUCCGUGCUGUUUCUAUCCGGAUACAUCGAAAUCGAGUGAUCCAACACUCUCCGUGUCUCCGAUCACUGCAACGAGGGCCAACUUCGGCGCCAGCGCAGCCUCGCCCCAAGGCAGCGCCUCAUGCCACGUUAAGGUCGAAACCAUCAUGGGGAUGUGAGCUGCAAAACUACCCAAAAUACGGAGCUGAGACGAUCGAAUAUGACGUGACAGCACCAGUUGGGUCCCUAUUCACGUCAAUCCAUUUCCAAAUGACUCGUGUACCCAUGGCCAGCCUCUACUCAAGCAUUGUGUCAAUGUUUGAACAUGAAUGGAAGAAUCCACAGUACCUAAACUAUGUACCCUCUGUCAUAUGUAGGCAUCACAAGGGCAUCACAAAAUCUGCCAAGACAGGGGUAUAAUUAAAACCAGAUAUUACUGAGGGACAGAUUAAAGGAUUCCUCGGGUCAAAGUUCGAGAGGCUACUAGCGACAGGUCAAAUCAGUAAAAGCUCAGGUGUCGAUGAAUUAAGUAUGGGGGAUAUGCACAAGUAUUAGGUACAGUAGAUUUCAGGUCUGAUUUUUUUUAAUUCGAAGUUGAAGCUGUUCUUAUCGGGAUGCAUUGUAGCUGAUAAUUUCGCCUUGGUUUUCCCCGAUCACGUUGAUUUUUAGACUUCGACGAUAGCUAUUUCGGUCUGUUUAAGAUCAUCAUCAGGUCACUACACUAAAAAUGUUGGAUGUGCGACAUCCGUAAAACGUCUACAAAGUCUAAAAAUCAACAUGAUCGGGGAAAACCAGGGUAAAAUUAUCACCUGAAUUUUUUUUGUCGUCCUCGAUUACCUAUUCCUGAGAUAUAUAGAUGCCCACAGUGCGAAACCACAAAUCUUCAUUGUGGCGUUUCAAAAUCUCAGCUCCUAUUUCAUUUUUUCGAAGAAAACUAAGUCAACUAUUUAUCUUGAAGUUUCUACGGAAUAUUCUGCUGAUGGAGACGAAAAAUUCAGGAAGUUUUCAAGAAAUUAAGUUGACAAGUUUCCUAAUUUAAAUAUGAAGUGCGACUACGAUAAGAAGUCUGCACCGUUGUAAAGGAGAUAAGAGUCUGAAACAUGCCCAAAGAGCACAAAUUGCAAUGAUCUGAACAGUAAAAGUAUUGCUGCUGCAAUAGGUGUUGCGUAUGCUUUCGAUCUGCCGAUUGAAGGCACACUGAUUUUUGACAUUUAUUGCAAUAAAACUGAAAUAAGUCGCUAUUUUUCACUGCGUUGCAAAUUGCCUACCUUUUUGGCAAAUAGAGAUCAUCUUGCUGAUUGUUUAAAAUCAGCAUUUACUAAAAAAGUGGAGUAAAAACAUUGCAAUCUUAUAGUAAAAAAUUACAACUUUAUUUUACUGAAUCAAAAUUUUAUUUUGAAAUUUUCAUUGCAUUGUACUACUUGGGUUGCAAUGAGGUAUGCAUUUUCCGAUUUUAACCAUCGAAAUCCACAUUAGAUACUUUAAAAUUCUUACCAAAUUAUUCACAACCAACUUCUUUCAUUCUCCCGAUAGGAGCAAGCAUAAAAAAACUAUAAAAAAAAUCUUCUGUGAGGAAUAGCUUAGGAGUUCAGUUUUUUGUGAUGAAUUUAUCAUCUAUCAGUUUUUCAUCGGUCAUCUUAAGGCAAAAAUUGUGUCGUAUCUUUGCAGAUGAUUUCCUCUACUGGAGGAAAAUCACCCUCAGAAUUUCUAAACUGAGAAGGAAUACUUUUUUAGUUCACUGCAACUAAGGUUCAUUCUUAGUCUCAAGAAGUUCAGAAGGUCUCAUUUAACUCCAUUGAUUAAUAUUUAAUACGCUAAUGUUCACACGAGUGCGAUAUCCUUUCUUAAGUGAAUCGUCAUCCCUUCAAUAAGUCACCAUGGUCAAGAAGAUCUUGACAGGUGUAAAAAAAACUCCUAAUUAUUGUUGUACUUUUGAUUCAUCUGUGUUAUUAGGAUAGGUAGCGAAUAAUGAAGUGGGCCUAUUUUGACCUCUAUGAGACCACCUGAGAAAUAUUAGUCGAUUAGAGGUUCGUUUUGUAAAGACAGUUGUUGCCUUGAAAAUAUCAUGGGAAUAUUUUCACUAAAAAGUAGUGCAAGAUUUUGAUGUACAUACACAUCAACUUUGUAAACAUUCAGCUUUGUAUAUCUUAAGCUCGUAUUUAUUUCUGUUUUAUUUUAAUUUAUUUUUAAAUUUGUAAAUACAAUUAUGUAAUUACGUAAGUUUAUUCAAGUGAAACGACUUAAUUUUACAUGUAUUAGAUAUGUGGAAGAAGUCUUUGUGAAAAAAAUACUUAAUACUUUAGUACGAAAUACUUAAGUAUCUAGUGAUAACCUGGAGGAUACGAUACACCAAACCAAACUAAAGACAUACUGAUUCAUAAACCAUAAGAUUUCAGCAGAAAAAUAACAAUGCACAUGGGUAGCAUAGAAAUGCCUUUUCGUUUCGUUGGGAGAAGUUGAGUUUUUGAUAUAAGAAAAAGCUUAAAUGUUUCAUUAAAAUUUGAUUGGCGACGCCUGAAGACAAAAUUUGACAAAGAGACGACGCAGCCCCACAAACAGAGGUGUCUUAGAUCGACACAACAGAGGUUGAGUUACAAAAGUACAUAAAUACUGAAAUCAUGACAAUGUGUGCGACUGGUACCAUAUUUGAAAUGAUCAUGAUUUUCCAUUUGUUUUACGUUUAAUGGCAAGCACAUGUUCAUGUCAGAGAAAAUUAUUUUAGGAACUGAGACUAAAACUGGAAAAGAAAUUUUCCAAAAAAUUAAAGCAAAAUUUAGAUGAAGAGUGAGAGAAGGUUAAACUAAUGAGGGUGUAUUUACUUGCUUAGGUAAGCAGAUUUUAGGCGUUCUCUGACAACGAAAUUCAAAAUUCAUCUGCUUCUUUGUCAAUUCUUUAUUUCCAUCACUAGGGUCAAUAUACUAAUAUCUCUCAGAAAAGGUCCAUUUCAUUGCAAGCUUGACAGCUUGAUGGCUAAACUCUGAAAACACGAAGAUCUCAAUUUUUUCCGGGGGAAAACUUCAUAUUUUCUGCUAUUCAGCGUGUAAGACACUGUAUACACCAACAAUUGUUCAACAUUUUUAACAUUUUAAGGUCAUUUUCCCAAUUUUUUCUGCCACUUUUAUUUCACCAUUGGUUGCAAAAUAUUGUUUAGGUAUGCAUUAUUCUUCCGUUGUCUUAGAAUCAACAAAAUUAAAUUAUGUAUUCUCAGAGCUAAGUCACCAACCCAUAAUCUCAGCUUUUAUUAGUUGAUGAUUUGUGUCAAGAAAUAAAGUUAGGAGAUCUUUGCCAGCCAAUUUAAAGAAAAAUCAAGGAAGAGACCAAUUUUCCUGAGAUGAAAAGAACAGUAGAAAUUUAUUGAUUUGCUCCCAUGAAAAAGCUCCGUUGACGGUCUUUUAUUUUUCCUCUUUCAAGACAGAAAAAGUACACUGCUGAAAAUAAUCAUAUUUUGUAACAUAUACUCAUAAAAUAAUGAUGUUUAGAUAUUAUCCAACUUUGAACCAAAGAAUUUUAGUUUCCUUGUUUUAUUUUUAAGCAUAUGUUAAAUCCAAAAAAACUUAUAGGAGAAAA